ACCACAGAGCCACUUCCAAAAAUCUGAGCUCUGGUUAGAAGAGAGGACAAACAUGCACAGGUGCUGCUAGUGAAAGAGAAGCCAGUGAGAACAGAGAGAGAGGAAGAAGAGGAGGGAGUGAGGGGGCUGUAGGAGGAGACUUGACUUGCUUCAGAGAGGAAUAGGAGCUGGGGAGCCAUUCCAAAACAACUGUCCGGCAGACAUCCCAGUCGACAGAAGUUUAGCUCCAAGGCAGAGAGGCAGGGCAGUGUCAACAAGCCACAGGAGAAGCACAGCAGCCACCAAGAGACACACAGAGACACAUCAACUGGCCUGGAGCUGUAGGAAUCAGGAAAACACCAGCGAUACCUGCUAAGGAUCAAAUUGGUUUAUCUGAGGACAGUGCUCGUUUGAUCUUUCUAAACUGCCAGACAUCACCAGCCCUACUUGCAAUCCCAUUUCCUGAGUGAUACCUGAAGUUUCUCCGAGUCCUGUCUUACUGGUGUGUUACUGAGAAUGUAACUGGAGAGUCUCCCCUGGGGAACUGUAGCAUCCUGAAUGUAUAGAGCAUUUCCAUCUUUUUUAUCCUGCACAUCUGAGCUCUCUUCCACAUUUAUAGCCAUGCCAGCAAAAGCCCCUAUAUACCUGAAACCCACCAAUAAUAAAAAGGGGAAAAAAUGUCGCCUCAGAGAUAUUUUGUCCCCAGACAUGAUCAGUCCACCGCUCGGGGAUUUUCGCCACACCAUCCACAUUGGCAGGGGUGGGGAGAAAGAUGCCUUUGGAGACAUGUCUUUCCUCCAGGGGAAGUAUGAACUCCUACCAGGAAAGAGGGAUAUUCACCCUCAGUAUGGCAUCCAAAGUGAGUUUUUCCGAGCCAACAGUACAGGUGAUGCUUCCUUUGCUGAGAUGCCCUCUCCUGUACUCAAGAAUGCUAUUUCUCUCCCAACCAUUGGUGGCUGCCAAGCCCUUACCCUUCCCCUGAUCUCCUCCACUGUGUUUUCCAUGCCCCCUGAGCCACUGGAGAACAUAAUGGGGCCUACAAGUCCCAUGAAACCUGAAUGUGUUGAGGAGGUAGAGAUUCUGCAGAUGGAUGCUCUGUUGCACUCCAUGGAUGUCUUCUGCAAUGAGCCUUUGUCUCCCUCUGCAGAUAUCCAGUCAAAGCCUGACGUCUUGUUGGAUCUGCUAGAAAACACAGAUAAGUCCACAGUUGCCAAAGCUAACAAAAUAAACAAGACUGAAAGCAGAUUUGACAAGCCAUCAUCUUUUUAUAUCAAUGGUCCCAGCAGCAGCACCUUCAAUGCUAACGGAAGCCUGAACAGCAAGACGAGUGGGGAGAGCAUCAGGAGCUUUAGCAGUAAAGGGGAUUUCCAAAGCAAGAUCUGCAAUGGUAGCAGAAGUCUCAAUGGCAAUGCUUUAUGCAAUGAUUAUGGACACUUUAACUGUGACAUUACCCUGGGUUUCAAGCAGGAACUCUUCAAGUGCAGUGAAGACUGGGUGGACAGGGACAGUGGGGUUGAAGAGGGUCGCAUCUGUGAUUUUGAGUUUGAGUUUUCCAAUGAGAAGAGCACAUCACAGGAUUCCCUCGCCCAGAUCACGGGGUCAUUCCUCUCCCUUGAACUUGAUCUGGGCCCAUCCAUCCUGGAUGAUGUACUUAACAUAAUGGAUAAACCCACAGCAAAAAGCAGGCCUUGAGCUGUGUUGAGUCCCCAGGAGGAGAAAAGGAAUUAUUAAACGAUAGCCAUGAGUAUGGAAAGGCUCACAAAGCAAUCAAAAUGGUGUCCGGAUAUAUCAUUGAGAUGAAAAUGAGCUAUAAUAGACAGAGCUGCUUAUGUUUUUAUUGUCAAAACAUAUCAUUCUACCUUCUAUGGAGUGUUGUCUUCUUUUUUCUUUUAAUUUUUUUCUUUGCCAUGCCGGCUGCAUGUUUACGAUGCAUGUGCUAUUGAGUUACAGCUAAAACACAGCCACCAUGCCUUUGAUUUUAAUUUACUGUAGAAAUGUUACAUGAUAGAUGUGUUAUGCUGACUUUUACAGUAUGUACCAGAACACUUUAAGGUCCUUUGCUUUGUAACAGUCCUCUGUUCAGUCCUCUAUGGCCAUAUAGCAUUUUGUGAUUUUAAGUGUGCUUAACAAAGGACUAUGUUGUUUGUCACAUGUAAUUAAUUUGCCACAUGACAAUUUAAAAAAAAA